AUGGUUAUCAAAAAGUGGGCGUUUAUUUUUGCUCUUUUUAACUUUAUUUCGUACGUUAAGAAAGAUAAUGGCAACUUAUGCCUUUGCAGUCAAGUACCAAUGCCAAUGCCAAUGCCGAGCCCACAAGAGGAUUUCGAUUAUAUGGAACAAUUCGGAGAAGUGAUGGAACCAGAAGAAUCACCUGAAGCAAUAUUUGACGAUGGAAAUAUAAAUAAUAAUAAUUAUAUUCAUAAUGGAAAUUAUAAUGGAGGGGAUAAUGAUGAUGGUGACGACGACGAUGAUGAUGAUGAAGCAAUUGAUAAUUCAAAUGAUGACAGCCAAGAUGAUGAGGAUGCUGAAAGUGAGGAUGAUUAUGAGGAUGAGGAGGAUGAUGAAGAUGAAGAUGCUAAUUAUGCGAAUGAUAAACAUUUAAAAGAUUUGCUUGAAAAAAUGAAUGCAAAUAAUAAUUAG